AAACAGACAUGAGGUCUGCCUAUCUGGGGCCGGGGCCCCUCCCCUCGGGCCGCGCGGAGGAGUGUGACACAGGUGCCGCUUCCUGCCGCUGCUGAGGGUCAGGAGCGGCGGGCGACCCUCGCCACCCUCCGCCCGUCCCCUUGGCCUGGCCCGGGCCGCGCCCCGCACCGCCGGCGAUGAGCACCCCCACCGGCACGCCGCCGCCCGGCCCCGAGACCCACUGGCCCUGGAUGCCCUCCACCCAGACGGACAUCGCCAUCAUUGCAGGCGUGAUCAUCACUGUGGCCUUGGUCCUGAUCUGCCUCCUCAUCGUUGUGCUACGGUACAUGUACCGACACAGAGGCACAUACCACACCAACGAGGCCAAGGGCACAGAGUUUGCUGAGAGUGCGGACGUGGCCUUGCAGGACGACCCAUCCCUCCAGGACGCUGGUGACAGCAGCAGAAAGGAAUACUUUAUCUGAGGGGCACCAGACCUCACCUCCCCCAGCGCCUCCUCCGACUCCACGGGAGAAAACGCACCCCACCACCCCACCCCGCUACCUGCACCACCAGGCAGGCCACGACAGCACCCACCUCCUCCCAAGAUACGCACCUGGCCUGGGAACACUAUGUGCCGACCCGGGGAGGAGGAAGGAAAGGAGAAGGAAUAGAGUCGGGAGAGGCCUCUCCCAGGGACCUAGGGAUGCAGCAGCCACCCAGGAGGCCGGCCUCUGCCCUGCCAGAGAGAAAGUGUGUGUCCUCCUGGGCAGGGCACUUUGUCAUCCGCGUGGUGUGCAAGUCUUCGCUGGGUGUGAGCAGGGUGGGUGUGCCUGGGGCCAGGUAGCGAGGCCGUUAAGUCAUCAGCACGCUGACUGGGGAAGUGGCCUCAAAUGUCAGUCCUUGACAUCUGGGGGCGCAGCAGGUGCUGGAGCUAAAAGGCACCUUUGUCUCCCCCUGAUCCAGCUCUAAACGAUUGGAAAUAAAUUUGAAAUGAACCCAA